UUUUGUCAUCAUUCAUCGUCAACAGUGUACCAGUACCAGUUAUUUCUUAUUACCAUCGGCUUGAUUAGUAAUUAUUCAUAAUGUAUAAGUUUCACAAAUGCCUCAAAUAAUUUGCCUAGCUAACGAAUAAACAUAAAGAUUUCAGUAUUGUAUCUUGAAUUGUUUUGCAUUGUAAGAUGAUAAAUUAAAUGGACAUUCUACAGUCGAAUCCUACAUCAGGAGGCCACCAGAAUAUGUUUAAACCCAGGUCCAAAAAUUGUACUAACAAUGCUGUUGGGUUUCUGUAUUAUCGAGAGUACAAUGACUCACACAGAGCUAAAAAACGAUUAUUAGACUCUCGGCUUAGCUCGGCCAAAUCACUUUUCAGUAAAAACUUACUUGCUCAUUUUGGAUGCGUUAAUGCAAUUGAGUUUUCCAACUGUGGUGAAUUUUUAGCAUCAGGCGGAGAUGACCGUAGAGUAUUGCUAUGGAAUGUCCAAGAGUCAUUAGAAGGAGCUGGACGCCCUACCGCUAUGAGGGCUCAGCAUAUCAGUAACAUCUUUUGUCUUGGAUAUGAUAGUAAAAAUACCAAGGUUUUUUCUGCUGGGAAUGAUGACCAAGUUAUUGUACACGACACUCUCACUGGGGAUCCCAUUGAUUACUUUCUUCAUGAACAACCUGUCUAUAGCUUAUCAAUUGAUCCUUUCAACGAUAAUGUCUUUGCAAGUGCUUGUGAUGACGGCCGGAUACUCAUAUAUGACAUUCGAGAGCCCUCCAAUUCAGAUCCAUUCACUUUAGCAGUAUGCAGUUCAGCUUUUCAUGGUGUCACAUUUAACCCAAUGGAAUCACGACUGAUUGCCACUGCAAAUGCCAAGGAUGGAGCAGGCCUUUGGGACGUACGGAAACCUAAAGAGAUGUUGCUUGGGUACGGAUCAGCUGAGAGUUGCAUGUCAGUUCGUUGGGACAGUCAAGGACUGCGCUUGCUAGCUCUACGACGUCGCCUCCCUCCAGUGCUCUAUCCUCUACAUUCCUCAUGCUAUCUGGCACAGUUUGACCAUCCGUCCUACUACAACUCAUGCACCAUGAAGAGCUGUUGCUUCGCUGGGGAGAAUGAUCAGUUUGUGCUUUCUGGGUCAGACGACUUCAAUCUCUACAUGUGGAAGAUUCCUGAAGGAGACUCAGGUUCAUGGGUGUCAUCAGCUCAUCUUAUACUCACGGGUCAUCGCUCCAUUGUGAACCAAGUGCGCUUUAACUCAACCAACCAUCUCAUAGCUUCAUCUGGAGUGGAAAAACUCAUCAGGGUUUGGAGCCCGUUUCCUUUGCCGACUGCAAAUGAGGAGGAGCAGCAGACUGACAAAGAAAACCAGCGAAGAGUGUUUUCACAUGAAGAAUACAUAAGUUUAGUGCUAACCACUGGUCAAUUUAUAUCACAUGACUACAGUCAUGAGUCCACUACGGAGGAUCCCCGAAUGAUGGCAUUUUUUGACUCUUUGGUACAACGAGAGAUUGAAGGUUGGACGUCAGGAGAGAGUCACAGUGAGGCCCCUUCCCCUCUGGCCUCUGAUCACAUUAUAUCAGAUGAUUCAUCAAGUAGUAACAACGAAUCUAAUAAUGCCGAAGAAAACCAAUCAGGUCAAAGAAGAAGUUUAAGUAAAAAUCCCAUUGUUGAACUGAUUGCUCGAAAACGAGCACAGCUGGUACGGCUAGCAGAGAAGUCUCGUGCGAAAGACUCUCGUGACCAAAGCUCAGAUUCCAGUGACAGUGGGACGACUGUUAGCAAACACAGAAAACACAUCUGCAAGCGGAAACGAAGACAAGCAGUAUCAUCAAGCUCUGACUCGGAUAAUAAGUUGGGUGAGAGUGAAAAGAGGAAAAAACUGCAGCGUGUGAGUUGUGAUGAAGAAAAUAGUUUUGAAGAUAUUUCUUCUGAUGAUUCGUCAUCAGUAACAAUAGGGAAGAAUCCUUCAACGAGUUCCGAAACACCUGAUAGUGGUAUAGUUUUACCUGACAGACCUUCUUCAAGUAAAUUUAAAUCCAAGCCACAUAGAAAUUACAGACGUCACCUACCAGACUCAGACUCUGACUAAAUUUCAAAUCCUAGAUUUGUAUUAAGCAGUUAAUAAUUUCCUGCAAGGUACAUAAAAGUUGUGUUUAGGUUUAAGUCCAACUUACUAGCAGUGUGGGUUUUAUCAAAGCUUAUUUACAUUAUAUAUUUAAAAAAAAACACACUUAUCAUCAAGAUUAAGUUGAGUUUUUAAAAUUAAAAAGAAUUACUUUAA